AUGUUUGCAUUGAGAUACUACGGAGGGGCAGAAAAAAAAGGGGUUAAAGCAAUGGAAAAAGGAGAAGAGAAGAGAAGGAUAGUCCUGGUUCCAUUUCCAGCACAAGGGCAUAUAACUCCAAUGAUGCAACUCGGACAAGCCCUUAGCUUGAAAGGCUUCUCAAUUACUGUUGCUCAAGGAGGAUGCAAUCAAGUAAGUUCUUCUCAACACUUCCCUGCCUUUCAAUUUGUAACCAUACCAGAAAGCGUACCGGUGUCUGAACAAGAGAGCCUCGGACUAGUCGAGUUUCUGAUGAAGCUCAACAAAACCAGUGAGACAAGCUUGAAGGAUUGCGUAUCUCAAUUAUUGCUACAAAAUGGCAAUGAUAUCGCCUACAUCAUCUAUGAUGAGCUCAUGUACUUUUCUGAAGCUGCAGCUAAGGCCUUCAAGAUCCCAAGUGUCAUAUUAAGCACUGGCAGUGCUACAAAUCAUGCUUGCGGCUGUGUUUUAAGCAAACUCAAUGCCGAAAAGUUCUUGAUUGACAUUGAAGAUCCUGAAGUGCAAGACAAGGAGGUUGAAAAUUUACAUCCACUAAGAUACAAAAACCUACCAAUUUCAGGAAUGGGGCCAUUGGAUCGAUUUUUGGAGAUAUGUAGGGAAGUAUUUAACAAAAGAACGGCUUCAGCUGUUAUUAUCAAUACAACGAGUUGUCUAGAGAGCUCUUCUCUAUCAUGGCUGCAACAAGAACUCAAUACUCCAGUAUUUUCAUUAGGCCCUCUUCACAUUACAGCUUCAGCAAAUUCUAGUUUACUGGAACAGGACAGAAGCUGCAUUGAAUGGCUAAACAAGCAGGUACCGAGGUCUGUCAUAUACAUAAGCUUGGGAAGCAUAGCUCAAAUGGAAACCAAGGAAAUUUUGGAGAUGGCUUGGGGGUUGUCUAAUAGCAACCAGCCAUUCUUGUGGGUCAUCCGACAUGGCUCUGAGUCAUUGCCAGAGGAAGUCAGUAAGAUAGUGUCAGGAAAGGGAUACGUUGUGAAAUGGGCACCACAGAAUGAAGUACUUGGACAUCCUGCAGUGAGAGGAUUCUGGAGCCACUGCGGAUGGAAACGCUUGAAAGCAUUGUGGAAGGAGUUCCAAUGA